UACUCAUUCUACGUAACGGACGGCUGCAGCUACGUGAAGAGUGGGGGGCCGUGACCGAGCUACCUGUUCUGGGCUGUUCAGUGACGUCGCGGCCCGCAAAUAUCUUUGCGACCUGAAGGCGGAAACCAGACAAAGGCAGGCUGGGUGGAGGUGGCGGCCUUCAGGAGUCCCGGCCGGGUCGCAACCUCGGGUGCAGUUUACUUUUAAGGUGCAAUGAGAGCCUUCUAUGCUUUCUGUGCUGUUGUUUUGGUGUUUGGGAGUGUCUCUGAAGCCAAGUUUGAUGAUUUCGAGGAUGAGGAAGACUUGGUAGAGUAUGAUGAUAAUGAUUUCGCCGAGUUUGAGGAUGUCAUGGAAGAUGCUGUUACAGAAUCUCCUCAGCGGGUGAUAACCACGGAAGAUGACGAAGAUGAAACCACAGUAGAGUUGGAAGGGCAGGAUGAAAACCAAGAAGGAGAUUUUGAAGAUGCAGAUACUCAGGAGGGAGAUACUGAAAGUGAGCCAUAUGAUGAUGAAGAAUUUGAGGGUUAUGAAGACAAACCAGAUACCUCUUCCAGCAAAAAUAAAGAUCCAAUAACAAUUGUUGAUGUCCCUGCACACCUCCAGAACAGUUGGGAGAGUUAUUACCUAGAAAUUUUGAUGGUGACCGGUCUGCUGGCCUAUAUCAUGAACUACAUCAUUGGGAAGAAUAAAAACAGCCGACUCGCUCAGGCCUGGUUUAACUCUCACAGAGAGCUUUUGGAGAGCAAUUUUACCUUAGUGGGGGAUGAUGGAACUAACAAAGAAGCCACGAGCACAGGGAAGCUGAAUCAGGAGAAUGAGCACAUCUAUAACCUGUGGUGUUCCGGUCGAGUGUGCUGUGAGGGCAUGCUCAUCCAGCUGAGGUUCCUUAAGAGACAAGACUUGCUUAAUGUCCUGGCCCGGAUGAUGAGGCCAGUGAGCGAUCAAGUGCAAAUAAAAGUAACCAUGAAUGAUGAGGACAUGGACACAUAUGUGUUUGCUGUUGGCACUCGCAAAGCUUUGGUGCGACUGCAGAAAGAGAUGCAAGAUCUGAGUGAAUUUUGUAGUGAUAAACCUAAGUCUGGAGCAAAGUAUGGACUGCCAGACUCUUUGGCCAUUCUGUCAGAAAUGGGAGAAGUCACAGAGGGAAUGAUGGACACAAAGAUGGUUCACUUUCUUACACACUAUGCUGACAAGAUUGAAUCUGUUCAUUUUUCAGACCAGUUCUCUGGUCCAAAGAUUAUGCAAGAGGAAGGUCAGCCUUUAAAGCUGCCUGACACUAAGAGGACACUACUGUUUACAUUUAAUGUACCUGGCUCAGGUAACACGUACCCAAAGGAUAUGGAAGCUUUGCUACCCCUGAUGAAUAUGGUGAUUUAUUCUAUCGAUAAAGCCAAAAAGUUCCGACUCAACAGAGAAGGUAAACAAAAAGCAGAUAAGAACCGUGCCCGAGUGGAAGAGAACUUUUUGAAGCUGACACAUGUGCAGAGACAGGAGGCUGCACAGUCCCGGCGUGAGGAGAAGAAAAGAGCCGAGAAGGAGCGGAUCAUGAAUGAGGAGGACCCUGAGAAGCAGCGCAGGCUGGAGGAAGCUGCUUUGAGGAGAGAACAAAAGAAGUUAGAGAAGAAGCAAAUGAAAAUGAAACAAAUCAAAGUGAAAGCCAUGUAAAGCCAUCCCAGUGGUCUCGGUCCUUGCCACCUGAAAAGCACGAGUCCAUUUCUCCCCUUGAAGUUCACAUAUUUCUAGUGACUGAGAAAUCCUUAUUUCAUCCUCUCCUUUCCUGUUGGUUUGGAGUUCUGCAGCGGUUCUAGAUACAUUGGAAGAGUUCUUUCAGUUAUCUCCUUGCAGAUAAUCAAAUUAUUUUGAUUAUAAGAGGAAUGGUUACAAAAUAUGUGUCGUCUUAAAAUAUUUUUAAAUUAUAACCUGAAUCAUCAAUGCUUUACUUUGGUGUUUGAAGAACGAUCAUGAAAUUUCUAGAUAGGUUGUUGCUUUUGGUUUAAACUGGGAAAUUGAAAUAACUAUGGAGACUAACUGUAAACCAAGAUUCCAAGCAUAUCUAUUGGAAUUGCACAAUAAACAUUGCUUGUUUCCCGUGUCCCACAUUAAACUUGUGAAAAAAUGGAAUCUAGACCACUGUAUGUGAUGAUGAAUUUCAGAGGCCUAGAACAUAGUACAGUGUGUAUUUUGUGUGUGGGUGGUGCUGACGAUAUUAUUAUAGGAGCAAAUCUAGGUGUUGGAAUACUACAAGUUCAUGGAAGAUUCUAGCGGUAGGUAGUACAGGAGCAGUUUCUCCUUGCCUGAUACACGAGCCAAUGACAACGUGAGUGCAAUUUGAAGUCGUCGUAUGUUUAUUUUUCCUGAGUAAGAAAUGCAUGAAAACAUGAACUGCUUCACCUAACUCAGGUCAGCAGCAUUCAGAUCACUGGUCUCUGUGAGGUCACAAUGGUUUUCUUGGUUGCUGCAGCCUGAUAAGUGUUCAUGGAGAAGCUGGUCUCUGCCGUGUGAGUGUGCCUUUGCUUCUCCAUUUGCUUUUACCGAGUCCACAGGCCGGUAUGUACUUUUUUGAAACAAGUCACCAUCAAUAUGUACAAAUAUGCUUUUAAAAGGUGAGCUUUCUUAGGCGAUUCGGAGCUGUCUGCCUCAUGAGGGGAGAGGCCCCUCCAUCUGCAUAAGCAUUUGGCUUGUUGAGAUCUCUGCAUUUUAUAAAUGCUUCCUACUGAGAAAGCAUUUUUUAAGUCACUGCUUGUACCAGGUAGUUUUUGUUCGGGUUGGGAAGGGUUGGUUUUCUGUUGGGAGUGGGUGGUGGGUUUUUGUUGAUGUUCUCUGUGUUCUGACGCAGUAACAGUGAGUUACGGUGAAAACAGUGUGUGCUGUUGCCUUGAAAAUUAUAUGGAGUUUUUCACAUGGCUUUGUCUAGGUUAAUAGAAAUGUAUGCACUGGGAUAUACAAGUGUAAUGCUUUUUAACAGUUCACAAAUUUAAGUUAUUAAAAAUAACACAAAAUUGAAUGACUUUAAGACCAUAUGAUUCUAGACUUAACAUUGUUAUACAAAUCUUUAAAAUAUUUAGAAUCAAAAUUUAUGUGCUUAGUUAUCUUUUGAGUAAUAUAAGCUUUCUUAAAGUCCCAUACAUUUGGACCGUGGCAGCUAAUUUUGUAAUUUAAGCAUUCAUAUGAACUACCUAUAACAUAUUAAACUGAUUGACAAAA